AUGGCAGGCGUCAGACUCCAGUACCGCCGGCGAAACCCUUACAACACCAGCUCAAACAACGUCCGUGUCAUCAAGACUCCUGGUGGCAAACUCCGAUAUCUACACGUCAAAAAGCGAGGAACUGCUCCCAAAUGUGGUGAUUGUGGAAUCAAACUCCCGGGUAUCCCAGCGCUCCGACCCCGAAAAUAUGCUACUACGUCAAGACCUAAAAAGACCGUGCAGCGCGCCUAUGGCGGAUCCAGAUGCAGCAACUGCGUGCGAGACCGGAUCGUACGAGCUUUCUUGAUUGAAGAGCAGAAGAUCGUUAAGAAGGUGCUGAAGGAGACCCAGGAGAAGAAGACAGGGAAGAAAUAA